AUGUUUGCCUCACGCAUUCUGCGCAACGUUGGCGCCACUGGAAAUAGGCUGAUGAACAACGGUCCUGGACCGUCAGAUAACACAAUGCUUUGGGGAGCUGGGGCGUUGGCUGGCCUUACGGGUUUUGUGUACUGGGCUGGGUACAAAGCCGAAGGUUCGAGCAAAGCUGGGCGUGCCCGAGCAAAAGAGAUUGAGAGCCGCGCUUCUCAAUACACUGUUCCAAAGUGA